CUUUUAAGCCUACUAUAAAACGGCAAGUCGGAAAUGGAAUAUAAGACACUAGUGUUCACAAAACUUCCACUUAGCAUAGUCCUAAAGCUGGUGAGCGAGUAAAGUAACCUCCACUAGCGACCGGCGUUGAACGAAGAGGAUGGUUCAAAAUUUACGAAAAGUGAUUAUUAGGUAAUGAACACUGGUCAUGUAAAAAAAUAAAAUGAGUUCAUCAAUAACUAAGCCGGCUGAGUGUGGACUGCAGGUUUAUUGGAACAUCCAGUCCUGCUUUUCCUCCUUCGUUCUAACAACCCUUAGGCCGGAAUGCAUGCUCAAAAAUCACGUUCCGAUGUCCGCCCAAAAAGCAGCAGAGCCACACUGGAUUCCCUGUGAAGGAUAUUAAGGAUCGGAUCUUCUAUUCUACGUGAUGGAAACACGCUGAAAAACAAAGUGGAGUGAGGCGUACGAAUAUAUUGCUGGAAGAGGGAAUCGGGGGGAUAAGGGAUAUAUCGAGAUGGAAUAAGCAAUGAAGCUAUCUGAUGGCGACAGUUCAACAGCUGUUUGCCUGUAAGCUGCUCUCAAUAGGCACCAGGCGACUUCGACUUCUCAAUCAGAUCAAUAUAUGUUAACGUUUCAAUACAUAAUGGCGUACCACUUACGAAAUAUGUGUGGAAUAUCACUUCAGGCAAGAAAAUUCGUAAUAGUUUUAUAGUGCCAGCAUUCUAGAUUCCUUAUAGCGAAAAAUAUGGA